AUGUGUUUGACUGGGCCGUGCAUACUGGCGCCUGUACCCGGACUGGGACAUGUCGGACGCACCACCCAUGUCCGUCUGUCCGUGUUCCAAACUCAAACGCUGCCCUUUUUUUUUUGCUUUCUUUUCUUUUCUUUGAUUUUGUUUCUUUUGUUUGCUUUGUUUUCUUUUGUUUCUCUCUCUCUCUCUCUCUCUCUCUCUCUCUCUCUCUCUCUCUCUCUCUCUCUCUCUCUCUCUCUCUCUCUCUCUCUCUCUUUCUUUCUCAAUGCUAACCCUUACAACAACACUAGUCCCAACUGCCCCUUACUUCUUUGCACUCCGUCCCUAUCGCACUGCAAAGAAAUGGCUUGGUCCGCAUCACUGGUAAACGAUCUUUGUGAGUAUGGCGAUGGCUUUGAGUUCGGCUCAAGCCAAGAGAUGGUGCAGAUGGUGCAGACCGUCUCGCCUUGCAAGGCCAUGAGCAAGGACCUGGGUAGCUCUGCUGCAGAUAAGCGAGAUAAUUGA